CGCAACCCGGGCCGAACUCGCGUGACAGUUCCCGGCACGCGGCGACCGAGGCAGGGGACCACGCUGAGCCAUGGGGGACGCUCCGAGUCCGGAAGAGAAGCUGCAUCUUAUCACCCGGAACCUGCAGGAGGUUCUUGGGGAAGAGAAGCUGAAGGAGAUCCUGAAGGAGCGGGAACUUAAGGUUUACUGGGGCACAGCAACCACAGGCAAGCCACACGUGGCCUACUUUGUGCCUAUGUCAAAGAUUGCGGACUUCCUGAAGGCCGGAUGUGAGGUCACCAUUCUGUUUGCGGAUCUUCACGCCUACUUGGACAACAUGAAAGCACCAUGGGAACUUCUAGAACUGCGAACCAGUUACUAUGAGAACGUGAUCAAGGCAAUGCUGGAGAGCAUUGGCGUGCCCUUGGAAAAGCUCAAGUUUGUGAAAGGCACUGAUUACCAGCUCAGCAAAGAGUACACACUGGAUGUGUACAGACUCUCGUCGGUGGUCACACAGCACGAUGCCAAGAAGGCUGGAGCUGAGGUGGUGAAGCAGGUGGAGCAUCCUUUGCUGAGCGGGCUGCUGUACCCAGGACUCCAGGCUUUGGAUGAAGAGUAUCUAAAAGUAGAUGCGCAAUUCGGAGGCGUGGACCAGAGGAAGAUUUUUACCUUUGCAGAGAAGUACCUCCCUGCACUCGGCUACUCGAAGCGGGUCCAUCUCAUGAAUCCCAUGGUCCCAGGACUAACUGGCAGCAAGAUGAGUUCUUCUGAAGAGGAGUCCAAGAUUGACCUCCUUGACCGCAAGGAGGAUGUGAAGAAAAAACUGAAGAAGGCCUUCUGUGAGCCAGGCAACGUGGAGAACAAUGGGGUGCUGUCCUUCAUCAAGCAUGUCCUCUUCCCCCUCAAGUCUGAGUUUGUGAUCCUUCGCGAUGAGAAAUGGGGUGGAAACAAAACCUAUACCGCGUACCAGGAUCUGGAAAAAGACUUUGCUGAUGAGGUUGUACAUCCUGGAGACCUCAAGAACUCUGUUGAAGUCGCCCUCAACAAGCUGCUUGAUCCCAUCCGAGAAAAGUUUAAUUGCCCUGCCCUGAAGAAGCUGGCCAGCGCUGCCUACCCAGAUCCCUCAAAGCAGAAGCCAGUGGCCAAAGGCCCUGUCAAGAAUUCAGAACCGGAGGAGGUCAUCCCAUCCCGGCUGGACAUCCGUGUGGGCAAAAUCAUCAGUGUGGAGAAGCACCCAGAUGCAGACAGCCUGUAUGUGGAGAAGAUCGAGGUGGGGGAAGCCGAACCCCGGACUGUGGUGAGCGGCCUGGUGCAGUUUCUGCCCAAAGAGGAGCUGCAGGACCGGCUGGUAGUGGUGCUGUGCAACCUGAAACCCCAGAAGAUGAGGGGAGUUGAGUCCCAGGGCAUGCUGCUGUGCGCGUCCACAGAAGGGGUGAACCGCCAGGUGGAGCCCCUGGACCCUCCUGCAGGCUCCGCCCCUGGUGAGCGAGUGUUUGUGAAGGGCUAUGAGAAGGGCCAGCCAGACGAAGAGCUCAAGCCCAAGAAGAAAGUCUUUGAGAAGCUGCAGGCUGACUUUAAGAUUUCCGAAGAGUGCAUAGCACAGUGGAAGCACACCAACUUCAUGACCAAGCUGGGAUGCGUCUCCUGUAAAUCGCUCAAAGGAGGGAACAUCAGCUAGCUGGCCUGGUGGCCUCCUCCCUCCUCCCACUGGCCUGCAUCCUCCGCUGUUUCCACAGUUUGCUCCAACAGUCAUCGUGUUCCCACCUCAGGACCCCGAAGCGGCAGGUUGCGGGCCUGCAGCUUCCCCCUCUCCAGUGUCUGGGUUCGUCCUGUAUGGAUGCGUGAGGAGCCAGGCGAAUGGGCAGCGGCGGCAGGAAGUUCAGCUCUGCUCUCCUUUCUUGGCAGCCAACUGGAGAAAUCUGGUUCCAAUGUAACUCAAAGAAAGGAAAAGUUCAUGCCACCAUCCUUGUAAUUGGAAAAAUACAGGUUUUCAGGUUUUCUUGGAGUCAGCCCAGCAGCUGUGCCUCUAGCGUGCCCUGGGUUAAUGACAGCUUCUCCCCAACAGGAAACUGUGGGGUUCAAAAAGAAAAGAGAAAGGAAAAGAGAGAACCUAGUGGUCUUCCAAGCGGCUGGCAGUGUCCCCCACGCCUGCCU